AUGGAUAUAUAUAUAUAUUUUAAAUGGAAUACAGGAGAGGGAUCUACUUGACAUCUAUCCUUAGAAAUAUUGGCCGUUUUUCUUAAAUAAUCCAGUUCCUCAUCUGUUCCUUUUUCAUUGUGUAUACUGCAAGUUUCCAAGCAACUCAAAUUUGCAAACACAGCUAUGGAUACACUAUUUGCUUUACAGUAGUUAGGAGGGAAUCUGGGUCUCUGUUUUUUGUUAUUUUCCCCUCCCCUCCAUUUCUUAAUCAUAUAUAACUAGCAACAUUUAUGGCUAGAGUUUGAUUUACAAGUUUCUAAGUCUGUAGCCUCUAGUUUGAAGAAAAGAAUGAGUAGUCAGGAACUGGUCACUUUGAACGUUGGAGGGAAGAUAUUCACAACAAGGUUUUCUACCAUUAAGCAGUUUCCUGCUUCUCGGUUGACACGAAUGAUAGAUGGCAGAGACCAAGAAUUCAAGAUGAUUGGUGGCCAGAUUUUUGUGGACAGAGAUGGUGUUCUAUUUAGUUUCAUCUUGGAUUUUUUGAGAACUCACCAGCUUUUAUUACCCACCGACUUUUCAGACCAUCUUAGGCUUCAGAGAGAGGCUCUUUUCUAUGAACUGGAUCCUCUGGUUGAUCUCUUAAACCAAGAACACCUGCUACAGCCAAGACCUGCUCUUGUGGAAGUGCAUUUCCUAAGCCGAAACACUCAAGCUUUUUUCAGGGUGUUUGGCUCUUGCAGCAAAACAAUUGAGAUGCUAACUGGGAGGAUUACAGUGUUUAUAGAGCAACCUUCAGCACUGACCUGGAGUAGUAACUCUUUCCCUCCUCAGAUGACCUUACUUCCACUGCCUCCACAAAGACCUUCUUACCAUGACCUGGUUUUCCAGUGUGGCUCUGACAGCACUACUGAUAACCAAAUUGGAGUCAGGUAUGUUUCUAUAAAACCUGAUAACCGAAAAUUGGCCAACGGAACUAAUGUCCUCGGGAUACUAAUCGACACCUUAUUAAUGGAAGGCUUCCACCUAGUCAGCGCUAGAACAUUACUCUCUGAAGACAAAAGUGAAUGCUAUAGCUUUGAAAGGAUAAAAAGGCCUGAAGUUCUCACCAUGAACAAAACACUGAAACCAGAGACUACCAUCAUGUCAGAGCAAUCUCAGAAAAAGAAAUGAGGUUCCUGUUCCCUUUUAGAGUAAAGAGAAAUUGCCAUUUU